AUGUCUACAGACACUCGAAACCAAGUUGAUCAGUCAGCUCCCUCAAAGAGGAAGACCCGGGAUGGGUCAGAGGAGGUUCCCCCGGCCCGCAAGAAGGUGCACCGCAAGGCAAACAAAGCAGAUGACCAAGGCCAAUUCGUGGACUUCAGCAAAGGCGAUGCAGCGAAGCCCAAAGUGACUCGGAAAUUCAAGGACAAAUUUGCCCCCAAGCCCGAAAAGGAAUACCCGUCGGUCAACGAUCUCAAAAAGCGAAUCCGUGAUGUGAAGCGCCUACUCAACAAAGUGGACUUGCCUGCCGAUGCUCGCAUCUUGCAGGAACGUGCUCUCGCUGGAUAUGAGCAAGAUCUUGCGGAUGAAACUGCGCGCAGAGAACGGUCGUCAUUGAUUAAGAAAUACCACUUUGUCCGAUUCCUUGACCGAAAAACAGCCACCAAGGAACUCAAUCGACUUACUCGCCGUGAGAAAGAAGAAGAUCUGGAUUCGAAGCAAAAGGCUCGUCUUGCGGCAAAGAUCCACAAUUGCCGUGUGAACCUCAACUACACAAUCUAUUAUCCUCUCACCGAGAAAUACAUUGCACUCUACCCCAAUGGAAAACACGAUACAACAGAUCCAGAGUCAGAAUUGCAAAAGCAGGAGACCAAAUCCAAUGAUGCCAAACCCCCGUUGUGGUCUGUCGUUGAGAAGUGUAUGGAGGAAAACACACUGGACCUUCUUCGUGAAGGAAAAUUGCACAUCAACGCCAAUGGAGAGAAGAUCCAGUCUUCAUCUUCUGGCGCGACUACAGCUACAAUCUCCCAGAAGGAGCAGAGCAAGAAGAAAGAUCAAAAGAAAGAGACCAAGGCUGCUACCCAAAAGGACAAGCAUGUUUCUAAAGAUGACAAGAAGAGUAGCAAAAAAGAGAAAACUGCACGCAACGAGCAGGCCUCUAAGCAACACGAGGCACCGCAACAACCCAACGCGGAGGACGAAGAUGAUAGCGAUGGUGGUUUCUUUGAGUAA